AUGAAAAGUCAAUAUAUACGUCGCACUAACAUCUUUAGACACACCAUGAGCACGGCUAGCAAGAUCACGCUGGCGUUGUCAUGCGCCGUCACGGCCGCGACGGUAGUGGGCGUGCACUACGUCCAAGAGCUGGAGCGUGAAACACUGCACCAGGGCCCCAUCAAGGACGCGAAACGGAUGGCCGAACGCAAGGCUGAGCAGAGCGCGGGCGCAGGCGCGGUGAGCGCAGAGAGCGAGCGCAAGCAGCACUUUAACCGCAGCGAGCACGAGCUGCAGCAGGAGCUGCGGAAGAAGUACGAGGCGAUGCAGCCGUUGUCGGGGGAGGUGCUGACGAAGGACGGCGAGCGCGCUGCCCGCGACGAGAAAUGA